GCCGAGUGUCCACUCCAUUUGGUGCGCAAUCGUUGUGCAAAUCAGUGAAGUGCCUUGUAAGCAGUGGCCUGUGGCGGCGAACCGGCGUUGAGGUGAGAAAGAGCUAAAAGCUCAGAGAGCUCAGGGACCUUACUAAUUCCAAUUGAAGGAAAAAAUCUAAGACGAAGGAGAUGAGUAGCGGCGGUGGAAGGAAAGGGCCGCCGAAGCACCAUAACAGUUUUGCCUGGAAGCCUAACGGCGGGAAGAAGAUCAACGAAUCAGAACUUGGGGGGAGGUUCAAGCCUUACUCAGAGAUAACUGGUGUUUGCGCACGCUGUAAGGGUCAGAUAGACUGGAAGCGGAAGUACGGAAAGUACAAACCCCUGACCGAGCCUGCCAAAUGUCAGAAGUGUUCGAAAAGGAAUGUUCGCCAAGCUUACCACAAUAUCUGUAAUGCUUGUGCAAAGGAGCAUAAUGUGUGUGCCAAGUGUUCCUGUCGAGUUGACCACAUCAUUGGAAGAGAUUUAUCAGAAAUAGAGGCUGAGAAGAAGACCCUUGAAGAGGCAAUAGCAAAUGCACGUGAGAGGGACAAGAGGAGUCUACUACGAUCUAUGAACAAAGGAAAAUCUCUCAAUUCAGCGAAAUCCACAAGUCAGAAUGGCAAAGUGGGUGAAGUAGUCCCAGGGUCCUCAUCAGUUGAACAAGACGCUGGAUCCACUCAUGGUGACAAUGAUGCAAAAACUUCAACCCAAAAUGAUG